AUGUCGUCAGAAGAAUCAAAGGAUCAGACAAAAGAGACAAUAGAUCAGACGAAUGAGACAAGUCAAGUAAAACAAGAAGAAAAACAAGAGACAAACAAAGGAAACAUUCGAGUAUUUUGUGGAAGAGAAUAUGACAUCACAGACCCUAAAUUUGCUGGUAAAAGUAAAAACGCCAUCAAGAAAUUGUUAAGAGACGAGAUUUGGCAAGAGACAAAACGUGAACGCUCAAAAAGAAAGAAAGAAAAGGAAAAGUCGAGAAAGAGAGAACGAAAGAAGUUGGUGGAGGAAGGUGUGUUGGAACCACUGCCAAAGAAAUCAAGAGCAAAGGAUAUUACCGUAGGCAACGUCGGUCUCAUCUUGGACUGUUCUUUUUCGUCAUACAUGAUUCAUAAAGAAAUCAGUUCUUUACGUGGACAGAUCGCACGAAGCUAUAGUGCUAAUGUUCGUGCAAAAAAGGAAUCUAUGAAGAUGACGCUGACUUCUGUUGAUGAUGUCCUCUGCAAGGAAAUGGAUGAUAAGUCGAUUUCUUGGAGAAACUGGAGGAAUGUCGAAUUGACUCCCAAGUCAUAUUUGGAUAUCUUCAACAAGGAAGAUUUGAUCUAUUUAACGGCAGAUUCUGAUAAUGUUGUGCAUGAAUUAGAAGAAGGAAAGAGCUACAUCGUAGGUGCAAUUGUAGAUAAAAAUAGAUACAAGAAUCUCUGUAAAAACAAGGCCGACGAGCAAGGCAUUAAAACGGCUAGAUUACCUAUUGGUGACUAUCUUAAGAUAUCUUCUAGAAAGGUGCUUACUGUCAACCAUGUGGUGGAAAUCAUGACCAAAUGGCUUGAUUGUCGUAAUUGGGAACAAGCAUUUUUAGAGGUUAUACCAGAAAGAAAAUUAAAGGAUCUGGAAUUAGUCAAUCACCAGAGCGAAGAUGAUAAUGAAGAAGAGAGUGAUGAUUAUGAAGAAGAAGAUCUGUCAACAGAAAACAAAGACACAUGUAAAUCCACCGUGUAA